AUGGCAACCAAAAGGGUCGGAAGGACGCGCGCAGAUGAAGUCCACUCAUCAGAUUUGGGAACGUCUCGGGAACACGGAGUCAACCUACAGAAGAGACAAGCUCGAGUGACUGUGAAAUACAACAGAAAAGAGCUGCAGAGACGACUAGACGUGGAGAAAUGGAUAGAUGACUGCUUGGACGAGCUGUACUUAGGCAAGGUGAGUGCCGUUGUAGCCUAUGCUCUUGGGCCACACAAAAGCCCCGUAUAUACCUGGUGCUAACAUGGGCCCUUUGUCCUGUACUUUUCUACAUUCUGAUUGUGCCUACAUUUUAUUAGACCGGUGUGGACAAUUAAAAUACACUGAUCUGAUUGUGCUUCAAGAAGCACACAAAUAGACUUGAUCUAGCUGAUCUAGCUACUGUUGUAGCCUCUUUAUUUGUAAAUUAAUGUUUAUUUAGCUUAACAAGCGCUUUGAGAUUCUGUCUAAUGAAAAGCCCUUGAAAAGUGUAAUAAGUUAUUAUAAUUAUAAUUAUUAUUAUUAUUAGAACUUCCUGAACACCUCCGGAGGAAGUCAGGCACACAUUGUCUGGAUAUCAAUAAACAGAUCUGGAUGGUCAAACCAUUUAAUCGUCCUUAUAACGGCCUCAGGUAGCACCAUUAAAUUAUGGCAUAAGUAAUUGUUCUAAAAUAAAUAAAUGCACAUUAUUUUGAAAGAGUAUCUGUAAAAUAUAUUACAUACAGGGAGGCACUAGCUAAUCUGGUCAUGAUGUGGACGGGUAAGAGACACUUUUUAAUACAAUGUGUAGACGUGACAAACCUUGAUCAUAUAGUGAUUGGAUCACAUUGAUCAGAUCAUGGAACUCACAUGUUGCGUAUGUGCUCAGGCAAUAGGUUUCAGACAGUAAAGAGAUUUUAGGUAUAUGGCAAGUUCUUAACUUUUUAAUCAGGCAGUACUAUCUGAAAGGUUCCCUUCCUUUAAGAAUGAGAACUUUGCUCUUUCACCUUUGCCUGAAUCAAUAGAAUUGGGGAAAAAAUACUUAACUUUAUGUUUAAAAAAUAGGCUUAAGCUCUGAGUUGGAUAUUCAUGGAGAAAAGGACUGGUUUUGUACACUGUACAUGAUACAUGGAUCUUAACAUUACAGUUGAACACUCCUGUGUGAGACAAACAAUGUAGAAUAAAAACUGUAGUGUAUAUCCACACAACUUGCACUCUGUCAAAAUUACAGAGGCAUUUCUAAACCAACUCUUCUGCGUAGUCCUCCUUAACAGGACUAAACAGACUUGUACAUGGUUGCGGCCGUGAGAUAUGAGAUGUAUAUAAAAGGUGUAUACAAUAUGGAUGUUAUGAGAGAGCACAGUGUCCAUAAAAGGACUGGAGAAGGUGUGAGGUGCACUGUGGACUAAGGCUCCAUCCAAAAUGGCACUGUAAUUCCCUAUAUAGUGCACUACUUUUGACCAGGGCUCUAGGGGUAGUGCACUAGGGAAUAACGUGCCAUUCCGGAUGUAGUCUUCAGCCACAACUGCAGCAGCAGCCUCCAGACAGAGACAUGGUGGCUGGGGAAUGCUAACUCACUGCCUUACAUGGCCACUUGGAAAAGGGGAAUGGAACAGGAACAGGAAUGAAGGAUGAGAAACAGGAAGAGAAGAUGUGUGCAGAGGAGGGAGAGUACUCCAGGGCCCAGGGUGGGGCUAAUGGGUGAUUGGGUUAAUUAUCCCUGAGGUGGGGUAAACAUACUGCAGCUGGCCAUGUGACAUCACUAGCUAGAUGUUCUGCUCUCCUGGGAUGUUUGGGGACACAUACUGCUUCCAGUUCUUGUCUGCAUCUGAAAUGGCACCCUAGUCUGUAUGUAGUGCACUACUUUUGACCAGAGCCCUAUGGUCAAAAGUAGUGCACUAUAUAGGGAAUAGAGUGUCAUUUUGGGAACACCCCUUGUAACAACACUGCAUUGAUAUACUGUAGUACAGUACCAGUGUAAAGCAGGAGACUCAAACCUAUAGGGACACAAAUGCACCAUGGUGGCCUGUGCCGGAUCUCAGCUGAGCAUAUGAUCAGAAGAUCAAUAACCGUCACAAACUACAGGGGAACCAGUCCGAUCAUUUUAGGAACUGCCCUCAAAAUCCAGCCCACCAGAAGUUGAAUGUGUGUCAGGCAGGCAGUGUGAUUAUUCAGGCUAAAGAGGAGUUGUGUGGAGAGGAGGCUGAUCUUCUACUGGUCUGGAAAAAUAGAGCUUGGUUCUGUCUUGCCAGGCCACUGAUACAGUUGGAUACAUGGACAUGGUUAUUAUUAUCCAACCAUCAGCCCUCUGAAUGAAUCCUGUGAACUGUUCCAUUUGGAAAUUACUUUCAUGUAUUAGGGGUCAAAGCUGAACUUAAUAUGUACAGACAAAACUCAAACUUUUGCAUAAGUCAUGUAUUGAGAUUUGCACAAACUUUUCCACUCUGAUAAUAUACAGUAUACGUGUGUUUUUAAUGUGUGUGUUUUGCAGGAGGAAGACAUGCCAGACGAGGUAAACAUUGAUGACCUGAUAGACCUGCCUAGCAAUGAGGAGCGAGUGGAAAAGUUACAGGUAGGCCCAGCCAGAGUUGUUCUGACCAUGGAUUCAGAUCAACCAGACUUUGCCAGAGAAUUUAACUACUGGAAUUUUGAUACAAUGAAUUCUCUCUUCUCUAAACUCUGUUCAUCAUCAGGUGAUCCUUCAGACAUGCAGCAACAACACAGAGGUAUGUUUUACCAUCAUUUGUAAUGAUAUGGAAUAAUGAUGCAUAUUAAGUCAUACCUUUUUAUUAGUCUCUGUACACAUGCGCACACCUGCAUGCACACGUACACACACGUGCGCACACACACGCACACUGUAUUGGCCUCCAAUAGGAGGCAGCGGUGUCUGACACCUCCUUCCACUGUCACGCCACAUGCCUUACAAUGGCCGUCUGUCCUGGCCUUCUCUCUCUCUUCUCUCUUCCCUCUUCCCUCUCCCUUCUCUUCUUUUUCCCUUUGUUCCCUGCUGCAGGACCUCUUUUGACAAAGGAUAGGGCCCACAGUGCCCCCCCCCCCCCCCCCCCCCCCCCCCCCACACACACACGAGGAGGCUGGUGGGAGGAGCUGUAGGAGGACAGGCUCAUUACAAUGGCUGGAAUGGAAUGGAGGGAAUGGUAUUAAACACAUCAAAAUAUGGAAACCACAUGAUUGACUCCGUUCCAUUUAUUCCAUUCCAUUUAUGCCUGUCCUCCUAUAGCUCCUCCCACCAGCCUCUACACACACAUACACACUCACACUCACACUCACACUCACACACACACACGUUGGACACAUGUUGGUUUCAAAUCAAUAUCACAAAAGAUUGAAGAACACUGAGUGCUGGUUUCCUGGACACUGAUUAAGCCAAAAUGCUCCAUUGAACAUGCUUUUUAGUCCAGGACUGGUCUUAAAUCCAGGUGUUCUGGAGACCAAACAGAGCGACUGGGGUUGAGGCUUCAGAGUCCUCCAUUUUCAGUCUCCCCCUCUCAUUUCUGUCUAUGUAGUAUCUAUGUAUCUAAUGUGAAAGGGAAAAAUACAAAAUAUUAGCUAUAUGAUGCUACUGUGUGUCCCUCCCUGCCAGACCUUCAUCGGCGAGCUGUUGGUCAAGCUGGAAGGCCUUCACAAGCAGGAGGAGCUGGCUAACGAGGGCAUCGAACACCCCUCCCUCUGCAACCACCCACAGCACCGCCAUGAGCCGUACCACUUCAACGACCCCCACUGCCCCCGCACCCACACCCACCAGACCCUCUGACCUGACAACUGACCUCUGACUAGGGUCGUAAAAAUUAUUUCCCAAAAUUCCCAGGUUUUCCAUAAUUUCCGGUUGGAAAAUGUCUGGAAUCAGGAGGGAAUAAGCAGGGAGGAAAUCCUCCAACUAUUCCGGGAAUCCUCCAAUCGGGAUUUUUGGAAAAACUGGUCAUUUGGCGAACGUUUCUGGAAUUUU